AUGGCCAGACUAAGAAUAUCGUCUAAGUGGAAAGACGAGGAGAUUCUUUUGGUCACAGGAGACCAUCUUACCGGCAAGGCCGAAAGCUGGUGGAACGUUUACAGUAUGGUUCAGUGUGCACUACGUGGGAAACCUUUGAAAAAGGUUUCAAGAAACAGUUCGUUGGUGACCAAGAAGAUCGUUGGUGGACGCAACUACAAGAGUUAUGUCAAGGUCCAAGGCAGAGUGUCGAUGACGUGGCUGUCAAACUGGAAGAAUUGUUCAUGUUAUUGGACAUCAAGAAAAGAAAUCGCUUUCGAAGUUGAGAAAGACGGAUUAGCUCGAAACCUGGAAGAAGCCAAAGCGAAGGCCAAGAGAAUCGAGGUCAUAGUCAAGAAGUAUGACUCUUACGGCUUUCCGGGUGGUUAUGAGGGAAAUUCCCUAGCAUCAUUUGAACAUAGCGAACUGGAGUCGGCCAGGUCGACUAUUGAGUCAUUGACGGAGAAGCUGGAGUGCUUGCAAAAGCCCAUGAAGACCUCAACUGGUGGCGAGGUGAAGUUGGUCGAUACGGUGCAUGACGAAGUCAAGAGUCUGGUGUCGGCUAACGAGGUACAGAACGUCAAAAGAAGAGCUGAGGCGCCACCCAUGGUUACUGUGGCGGAAAGGCCCCAAGUGCAACGGAAGAAAGUUGCCCAUCCUGAGGAAGAAAACAGGAUCGAAGUUGCUCCAGUUGGUUUAUCGAGUGCUCCUGUGAUCCCCCAAGUGGAUAAGGGGAAGGCUCUGGUUGAUGCGGUGGUCCAAGAUCAGGUUGUGCGCGAGAAGGUUACCGGUUCCGGUUGA